UAAAGUUUAUUCCUCUUAGGUCAGACGCUUCAAAGUUGCCAUGGUUCCUGGAAAUCUACCCCGCCAUCUACAAGAUCACCAAGCAGAUGCAGAAGUAUCAUCUCCCUUCUGAGCUUCUGGUGCUGUGGUGAGCAGUCCGGUUUUUCCUUGGUGACUGCAGAGCUUCCAUGAGUCCUAUUUGCAGGAUCUGCGGCUUCAAAACCUAGAGAGCACGCCUACUGGGUACUGUAUACUAUACAGUGCAUGUCCCUUGUCUUGGCACCCGCCCUUCUGGGGACUGGAUUCUUUAUCUCCCCGGCGCGCCCCUGCAGGCGGCGACAGGAGCCGGACUACAGCUCCCAGCAUCCCCCGCCCCUCCGCCCGCCGCCCUAGAGCCGACCCGGUAGUAGCUCUUGCCCGCCAAGGUUUCCACUCCCAGAGCUGCUCCCCAGCUUGGGACAUCCAGAAGCUCAGGGACCGAUCUCCAGGACGUGGGCAUUGCUAGAGGUGACAGCGCGGCAGUAUGGCUUUGCACCUGGGCAGGCUGAGCGCGGGCUCCUGCUGGCAAGCUGCGCGGGGCGGCCGCGGAGCGCUGUGCGGCCGCGGAGCGCUGUGCGCCUGGCCCGGGCGCUGCUCCGCGGGACGCAUCUGCCGGCCCCCGGGCUCCGCUGGCACCGAGCAGUGCCGCGGGCUGGGGCACGGCCGCACCGCGGGAGGAGCCUCCCGGUUGGGGACCGGGCUGACCACGGCGCUGGCGGGGCUGGCCGGGGUGGCGGGGCUGGCCGCCGCCGCCUUCGGGCACGUACAGCGGGCGGAGAUGGUGCCCAAGAGCUCGGGGGCACGGAGCUCUUCGUCUGGGAAUCCUGAGGAGGAGGACGAGCUGGCCCGUCGCUGCAGCUGCUUCAUGGCCUUGCCUGUGACCGACCUGCGCGAGCUGCGUGGGAGACCGAGCGACAUGAAGACCAAGAUGGAGCUGCUGAUCCUGGAGACCCAGGCCCAGGUGUGCCAGGCUCUGGCACAGGUAGACGGGGGCGCCCGCUUCUCCGUGGACCGGUGGGAGAGGAAGGAAGGAGGUGGUGGCAUCAGCUGCGUACUUCAAGAUGGGCAUGUUUUUGAAAAGGCUGGGGUGAGCGUUUCUGUUGUUCAUGGAAGUCUUUCUGAGGAAGCAGCGAAACAAAUGAGAAGCAGAGGGAAAAUUCUGAAGACGAAAGAUGGUAAAUUGCCGUUUUCUGCUAUGGGCGUGAGCUCUGUUAUCCACCCCAAGAAUCCUCAUGCUCCUACUAUCCAUUUCAACUACAGAUACUUUGAAGUAGAAGAAGCUGAUGGUAACAAGCUGUGGUGGUUUGGUGGUGGAUGUGACCUCACUCCAACAUACUUGAACCAAGAGGAUGCUGUCCAUUUCCACAGAACUCUAAAGGAGGCUUGUGACCAGCAUGGUCCUGAUCUCUACCCUAAAUUUAAAAAAUGGUGUGAUGAUUACUUUUUUAUAGUCCAUCGUGGGGAGCGGAGGGGCAUCGGGGGCAUCUUUUUUGAUGACCUUGACUCUCCAUCCAAGGAAGAAGUGUUUCGCUUCGUGCAGAGCUGCGCCCAGGCUGUGGUUCCUUCAUACAUUCCUCUUGUGAAAAAGCACUGUGAUGACUCAUUCACCCCCCAGGAGAAGCUGUGGCAGCAGCUGCGGAGAGGACGGUAUGUAGAAUUUAACCUUGUGUAUGAUCGAGGUACAAAGUUUGGCCUCUUCACUCCAGGAUCCAGGAUUGAAAGCAUCUUGAUGUCUUUACCUCUAACUGCUCGAUGGGAGUACAUGCAUUCACCCCCAGAGAACUCCAAAGAAGCGGAAAUUCUGGAAGUUCUGCGCCAUCCGAGAGACUGGGUGCAUUAAUGCAGGUGGAGUGGCCUGCCUGGGGCUUGGGGGACACAGAAUGAGUGCCCCAUUCCACCGGCCCGCAGCGUUGCCACUGUGUGGCAGUGAAUAACCUGUGUGUUAAGCUCCAGUCUUCUCCACUCUGCAGUCUGCUUCCUUGGCAGACGCUGAGUGUGUUUUAAGUACUACAAGUUUCCAUAGGAUGCUGCCAGUGACAGGUGGUGAUAUGGCAGCUUGUCAGAGUCAAUUGGUUGAUAAAAACCUCAUUUAUACUUUCAGAAUCAUUUUAUAUGACUAGUUUACAAAAUACAAAAUUGAGUUUCCAAGUGUUGAGUUAAGGGAAUCUAAAUAUAACUUGUGUCAGGAAACUUUUCAUGCUAUUUUUGUUUUAUGUAUUUUUUAAAGUUUUAGUUUCUGCCACCAAAAAUCUGUGGUGGGAUAAAUUUUAUUUUCAUUAAUUCAGUGAGGUUGAACUUCAUAACAAUUUCAGAAAGCAAUUUGAAAUGAAGGUAAAACAUUUACUUUGUCAUGACAGAAGUUUCGUUGAUUGUAACCUUUAUAUAUCUUUCUCUAGAGAUAAUAAUAUUGUAAAAUGUUCAUUUUUAUAAUGAUAUUUAGGGACACUUGAAAUUUCCUAAGUAUCCACAUGUGUUACAAUUCAAUAAUUCCCUGUAGUUGUUAACUCUAAAGUGACAUCACUGUUAUUUAAAUAAGGGACAUCUAAGAUGUAAUUCUGAUUUUUGUAGAACUAUAAUUUGUUAAUGUUGGAUUCUCUGCACUUUUGAAUGUGAAAGCUUAUAACCCUGGAGUCUGAUAUUUAAAAUUUUCUAUUCCAGACAUUUCUAUAUGCAAAUUUAGACUAAGAACAAUCCUGGGCAUGUUUGAGUUAGGAAAUGUUUCUCAUUUGGGAAAUGAGAAAUAUUUUCCUUCCUUAAUUAAAGUCAACAUAACUAGUGUGAAAAGCAUGUAGGCAUUUUAUAAAUAUAUUUCUUUGUAAGAUGGACUAAAGUUGCCCUCUUUUUAAAUUAGAGAUUGUGUAGUAAAUUACAAUAGAAUAGUGUGUCUUCUUUGUUCAUAUAAUAAUGUGAGUGUAUUUUAUUUUACUUAUAAUAUGUUGAAGUUUGUAAGGAAUAGUAUCUUCAUAUUAUUAAGCAUUAUCUUGGAAUAUGUUAAAUGUAUGUGAUUGUGUAUGUGACUCUUUAGGGCUGGGAAAUGUAUGGACUCUUCAACUAUCUUACAACAGAUCUGCUGAUAAAUUUUAUGAAAUAUGACUAAGAGAUGUUUCUAUUUUUCAUUUUUUUAGGGGUAAUUGAUAUAGGGAAGAUAAAUAUUUUUUAGCACUAAAGCCAUCAUUCCUCAGCCCUAGGUAUUUUACCCAAGAAAAAUAGAAGUUUUGCACUCAGAUUUCCAUAGCAGCUUUUUUCGCAAUAGCCCAAACUUAGAAACAACACCGAUACCCAUCAACAGAUGACUGGAUAAACAAAGGAUGAUUUACCAGUAUGUGAAAAUACUACUCAUCAGUGAAAACGAACAACCACUCUGGUGAAUAGCAGAACAGCAUUAUGCCAAGGGAAUGAAGCCAGACACAGAAGAAGACUCACUAUAUGACUACAGUAUGUGAAAACCGAGAAAAGCCAAAAUUUGAACAAGGGAAAGCACGUCAGUAGUUGCUGGGGCUAGAGCUGGGGAAUUGAUUGUGGAAGGGAACCAAGGAGUAUUUUGAGGGGAUGGAAAUGGUCUAUCUAUUGAUGGUGGCAGUGAUUACCAGACUGUUUACAUUUAUCAAAACUUAUUGACUGGGGCACUGAAAAACAUGGACUUUUAUUGUGUAUAUGAUUUAUACUUCAAUAAAGCUGAUUCAAUGAAAAAAAUAUACAGGCAUAUAGGAACAAAUGUUCAAAUAAACCUCAGUUUACCUUGUACGAUAAAAAUUGCCUUAUAAAGA